AUGUUGUACAAAUCCGCGGCUCUUCGGACGAAGAGCCAGUAUUUGAAACAUGUGGUUUAUUACUCUUCGGCUAAGGGUACCCGAACGAUAGCAAUAAGGAGAGAAGACCAGUCAGUAUGGGAGAGAAGAGCUCCAUUCUCUCCGUCCAACGUCAACCGCCUGGUGCGACAGGGCGUCAGGGUAAUCGUGCAGCCCUCUAACCGAAGGGCCUAUCCUAUGCAGUCAUACAUAAAUGCGGGCGCAAUAGUCCAGGAGGAUAUCAGCGAGGCGAGCGUGAUCUUCGGCGUGAAACAAACACCCAUCGACCUACUCAUACCAAACAAGACAUACUGCUUCUUCUCUCAUACUAUCAAAGCUCAGGAAGCUAACAUGCCUAUGUUAGACGCCAUUUUGAAAAAGAACAUUCGAUUAAUAGAUUACGAAAAGUUGAUGGAUGACUCCGGUAACCGCGUGGUGGCGUUUGGCAAAUACGCAGGAGUGGCGGGUAUGAUCAAUAUACUACACGGCAUUGGGCUGAGGUUACUCGCACUUGGACAUCAUACACCGUUCAUGCACAUUGGACCAUCUCACAACUACCGCAACUCCAGUAUGGCACGACAGGCCAUCAGGGAUGCUGGUUAUGAAGUAGCAUUGGGCAUGAUGCCCAAAUCUCUAGGACCUCUCACCUUCGUCUUCACUGGAUCUGGAAAUGUCUCUCAGGGAAGUCAAGAGAUAUUCCAAGAAUUACCUCACGAAUACGUACCUCCAGAGAUGUUGAGGAAAGUGGCUGAACAUGGAAGUCCAAAUAAGAUCUACGGCUGCGAAGUUCGUCGCAGACAUCACUUGGAGAGGAAAAAUGGAGGAGGUUAUGAUGCACAGGAAUACGAUGAGCAUCCAGAACGAUACAUCUCAACCUUCGCGCAGAAGAUUGCACCAUAUACAUCAGUCCUAGUAAACUGCAUUUACUGGGCGGUAGGCAGUCCGAAGUUGCUGACCAUUCCAGACGCUAAGCACUUGUUGCUACCUUCACACACUCCGUGGUUACCCAAGAGUAUUGGAGCCCCAGCCUUACCCCACAGAAUGCUGGCUAUUUGCGACAUAUCUGCUGACCCUGGUGGCUCAAUCGAAUUCAUGAAUGAAUGUACUACUAUCGACACGCCCUUCUGUCUUUACGAUGCUGAUAGAAAUAAAGAUACUAAGAGUUUCAAAGGUCCCGGUGUACUAGUAUGUUCAAUAGACAACAUGCCGACACAACUGCCGAGGGAAUCCACUGACUUCUUCGGUGACUUACUGUACCCAUACGCAGAAGAUAUCAUGAGGUCUGACGCCACCAAACCGCUAGAAGAACACAGUUUCUCGCCUGUGGUUCAAGGAGCCAUUAUAACAAGCAACGGACGGUUGACGCCCCCUUUCGAGUAUAUCAACGAACUUAGAAUGGCAAACACACGUUCCCGUCAUAAGGUGGAAGGCAAUGAGCAACAGACGCCUAUCCUAAUCCUCGGCAGCGGUCUGGUGUCGGCCCCCGUGGUGGAAUAUCUGGCUAGAGACAAAAAUAUUGCUGUUACAGUAGCCUCAGCAGUAAAAGAAGAAGCGGAUGCUCUAGCAGAACGUUAUGGAGUCUCCUCAGAGUAUUUGGAUGCUAAAGACGAGUCAGCAUUAAGGUCCUUGGCGUCUCGGGCUCGAGUAGUGGUGUCCCUCCUGCCCUACGACCUCCACGGUACGGUGGCGAAGGCCUGUCUUAGCGCAGGCGCACACAUGGUCACCGCGUCCUACGUCAGACCUGAAGUACAGGAACUGCACAAAGCUGCAAAAGACGCUGGUAUUACACUCCUCAAUGAAGUUGGUUUGGACCCAGGCAUCGACCACUUACUCGCACUUGAAUGCAUCCAUGAUAUACAGAACCAUGGAGGAAGAAUCGACUCAUUCGUAUCAUACUGUGGAGGUUUGCCAGCACCCGAAUUCAGUGACAAUGCCCUAAGAUAUAAAUUCUCAUGGAACCCUCGAGGAGUGCUGCUUAACACAAUCUCCGGAGCCAAGUAUCUUAGCAAAGGACAGAUCGUGGAAGUGUUGAGUGGUGGAGAACUAAUGUCAGUGGCUCGCGACCUGAACUUCCUGCCUGGCUUCGCGUUUGAAGGGUUCCCCAACAGAGACAGCACCAUGUACUCCAGGCUGUACGGCAUUGAAGAUGCUCACACCAUGUUCAGAGGAACUAUUAGAUACAAAGGUUUUGCAGAGAACAUGAUAGCGAUGCAGCUGUUUGGUCUGGUGGACCCCAACCCUCACACGUCCCUGCACCCUGAUGGACCUAAGAUCACAUGGCGUCAAUUCGCCUGCGAGCUCCUUGGUCUAGUCGACUCUUCAAUAUUCUUCGAGAACCUGAGGACGAGGUUAUCAGAACGCAUCGGACCUUCAGGAGCUCAGUCACUGGAGUCCCUCGGUCUUCUAGAUGACGUCGAGAUUGUCAAGUGCGGCACACCUCUCGACACUGUCAGCCAUUAUCUUAGCAAGAAAUUACAAUUACAAAAAGAUGAGACUGACCUGGUGGUACUUCGUCACGAGCUGGGCGUGACUUGGAGCGAUGGCAAACGUGAACGAAGGGAAGUCACGAUGACCGUGCGAGGAGAUCCCAGCAAACAUACCGCCAUGGCCUGGACCGUAGGCCUACCCACCGGCAUCGCUGCUAAAAUGGUGCUUGAUGGCGAAAUCCAAGAGCGUGGUGUGGUGCUCCCAUUCUCACCAGUAGUCUACAAGUCACUAUUAUCCCGACUAAGAGCUGACGGAAUCCACGCGAAAGAAACUACGACUCCACUCAACUGA